AGUGGGCCAGCGUUUAGAAGUUUACUUUCUUUUUUCGUCUAUUUUUCUUACAUUAAUUGUGAUAAAACUAAAUUAUUUAUUGUAGUUACUAUGGCUCGCUAUUUCAAGGAACAAGACAUUGACGAAUUCCGUGAAUGCUUCUACCUAUUCGCCAGAUCUGGACAAAUUACAUCCCUAGAUGAACUGACUGUUGUGAUGAGGUCGCUGGGAAUGAGCCCCACCAUACAGGAGCUUACAGGAUAUUUGAAAGGCAAAGGAGGGAAAAUGUCAUUUGCUGAUUUCCUGGAGGUGAUGCACAUACAUUCCAGAGCUGAGAACUUACCACAUGAAGUGGUGAAUGCAUUCAAAGCUGGUGACAUUGAGAAGAGGGGCUCUGUCCCAGCCAAACAGCUGAGAAACCUCUUGCAAAACUGGGGAGAAGGGUUGUCUUCUCGUGAGGUGGACAACAUAUUUCGCGAGGCGAACGUGAGCAACAAUGGGACGGUCCGCUACGAGGACUUUGUCAAGAUCGCCUGUGCGCCCGUGCCUGAUUACUACUAAUUACUAAACUAUCAUGGAGACUAGACAGAGAGGGAAUAGAGAUAGAGAUAACCGAAAUGUAAGCUACUCUCAAUGCCAAAACAAUUUACCUUAUUUUCUCGACAAACUGAGUGCAUUAUAUCUUGCAGUCAUCUGGUUGAAUCUGCUAUUUGACUAAAUGACUAGUGAAUUCAUUGAAUGAAACCAUUUAAUUUAAUGACGAAAAGUCAACUCGUCAAGUCGUUGACUGUAACAUUUAACAUCUAAAGGCCAACGGGUUCAGUCUUUAACUGUAAAUUGAAUGGUUUCAUUCAAUUAAUUUGCUAAUAAUAAUAGUGCGUACUUUCGUAACGACGACACAACGCACCAUAUCAGUGUGGUGGCCGCGCCCUUAUUUGAUACUUUGAUGGAUCUCUUUGCCUUGCAAGAGAUAAUCCUCUCUUUAGUCUCUAAUGGCCUAGUACUUAUUUUUAAAAGCACUUAUUUAUUAUUACAUAUUAGUAUAAAAAAUGAAAUUCAUUAUUUUGAAGUCUGAUUUUAUAAGCGGGACCAAAAGCAUUUUAGUAUUUUAUGUAUUGAUGCAGCUACUAGAUAAUGAUAUGUAUAUUAUAUUGUUACGUGAUUUUUAUUAAUAUAUUUUGUCACAUA